AUGAAAGGUCAAUCUAUUGCAGCAAUCCUACAGCGUGUCUUAUCUGCCUCGGUAACGGUAGAAAAAGAGGUGGUUUCCUCAAUAGGCAAAGGAGUCCUAGUCUUCGCCGCCGUAGCCCCUGGUGACACGGAAAAGGAAGCAGAGGCUCUCGCAGCUAAAGUGCUGAAAUUGAGAUUAUGGGAUGAUGAUACUGGAGGAAGAUGGAGGAAGAGCGUGGUGAAUAUUGGUGGUGAGGUACUGUGCGUUUCCCAAUUCACCCUACUUGCCUCUACUAAGAAGGGCAACAAGCCCGACUUCCACGGAGCAAUGGGAGGAGAAGAGGCCAAGAGACUCUAUGAAUACUUUUUCCGAAAAGUCCAGCAAGGCUAUGUGGCCGAUAAGGUAAAGAACGGAGUGUUUCAGGCCAUGAUGGAAGUCGCCUUGGUAAAUGAUGGGCCUGUCACAUUGGAGCUGUCAGCUGGUCAGAAACCUACACCCGCACCAACACCCAAAGAAACGCCAACACCAGUGUCGGGGCCAAGUAAAUAG